AUGAGUUUGUCAAGGGUUCCUCUUAGGAAUACUCUCCCAAAAAGCAUCCUACCUUUAUCUGUAAUUGCACAAGAUGUGUAUAUAGCAUCUAGGGGAGAGAGUCGCCGCUUGCCAGCGAAAAAUGGAUGGCAGCCAAGGGCUCGUGUUGCUUUUUCUGUAUACGACAUCGCUGGUGCGACACAGCACCACAUACAACGCAGAAAGCGCAUCCCAGACAGGGACAAUGCAUCAUCUUCCAUCAAUCUGACAGUUAAUCAACGGCGAUGCGUCUUCACCGCUGCAUCGCACACUGUUCCUGGUGCUGCCAGCCCAGCACCUGUCGCUAGGAACCUGGCUCCUGUGGCUGACAACCCUGUUCCUGUCGCUAACAACCCUGUCUCUGUCUCUGGCAACCCCGUUUCUGCCUCUGAUAAUCCUACUACUGCCAACGAAUCCCAAUCGCCACAGGCCCUCCCGCAGCGUCUCACGGCAAGGGAAGAAUUCAUGGAAGCUCUUGAAAUUUUCAAAGAGAAGGCUGACUCGGGCUCCAUAUACCUACUAGAAUCCCGCUUGGAGAUGGCUUUUGCAGGACAUGCAGAUGCGACUGCCAAGCUCUCCAUCAUUCGCCAGCUAACCAGGGACCUGGAACUGCUAAAUAGGGAGAAAACCAGUCUCUCGAUGUUCCGCCAUCAGACUCCCAAGGAAAUAAGAAGUGAAUACACUCAAAUGAUGCUCACGGGGCUCUUCACUGGACUAGCUGCAGCCAUCCAUCCUGUGUUUUUUAUCGGCAGCAUAUACGGCUUGGUUCGAAUGCGUAGAACCAAACGAGCUGAAGUAGACCGCGACGCGGGAACGAAAAAAAUGGAUGAAAUCAACCAGAUUGUAAAGGAGAAACGGGCCCUUUUGAACGUUCAAAUUGAGGCGCUGUCUCAAAUAGACAUACUACCCGCCGUUGUUUCAGGGGUUCAGAUAGCGGCGAAUAUCGUGCAACGGAACGAAGUGAAGUUGGACCUGCUCCAGUCAACUGCGCUCAACAAUGUGCUGCGUUUCUGUCCUCCGAUACAACCUGGGCGCAUGAAGAUGGCUGUUAUUCCAGUAGGACUGCAGAAAGACGCUUGA